GGGUGUUCUCCCUCCCCCCUUCUUCCCUCUGUCGCCUCUGCUGCUGCUGUCGACCUCCUUGGUGCUGAGAAGGUCGGGACUGCGUCUGCUUCGAGUGGGCGCCGCAGUGGCAAGGGCAAGGGGGGCAAGGGCGGUGGUGGUGACAGCGGGGGUGGCGGUGGUGGGGGAGGUGGUGGUGGCGGGGGGGGUGGCGCGGGUGGGGGAGGUGGCAGCAGUGGGGGGGGUGGCGGCAGCGGCGGGGGAGGUGGCCGGGGCGGAGGAGGUGGUGGGGGUGGCGGUGGAUGAGGCAGCGGCCGGGGUUGGGGUGGUCGAGGAGGUGGUAGCGGCGGUGGUGGUCGUGGAGGCACUGGCGGUGGCCAGGGCCAGCAGCACACUCCGUCGCCCCAGGAGGUCCGUGAGUGGUACUCUCAGCACGGGGGGGGGGGGGGGGGGUGGCCUUAGCUGCACGUACGUCAUUCGCACUGGUGACCGCACUGGCCAGCCGUGUGGGGGACCGCACGCCACACAGCGUUGCUUCGCUCGUCUGAACGACGCUUGGCGUGUUCAGUUCCCUCAGGCCACUGAGCUGCCCCGCUGGGUUGAUCUCCUGAAGAAGGGGAUUGAUAUUUAUGCUUUAGACUUUGAUGCUAUUCUCACUGCCAUGUAUGUGAUGUCUACUAGUGGAGAGGGGGCUGAGUACCUGAGUGUCCCGCCCGACCCGGGCAUUAGGACUAGUGCGUCUGCCGCUCCAGGUACUCGCGUGUCCGCUACCCCACGUGCUGGUGAGGCUGCUGCUCUAGGUGCGUGUACGUCUGCCCCCCCUAGUACUAUGUCGACUGCAGCACUGCACACCUUCACAUUGGAUUCAGGUGCCUCUCGCUGUUUCUUUCGUGUCCGCACUGCCCUUGAGCCCCUUGCUCGGCCAGUUGCUAUCUCCCUCGCUGACCCCUCUGGGGGUCCGGUCCUUGCGACCUCCUCCACUGUCCUUCCCUGUCCUGCGGUCCCGUCGAGCACACUGUCAGGUCUCCACCUCCCCUCGUUCUCUAAGAACUUGGUGGCAGGUUGUGCACUACAGGACGCGGGUGUUCACCAGUUCACCCCUGCCUACGAGCGUGUCACACACUGCAGGUGUGCCCGUACAGGCCGCCACUUGGCUACCUUCACCCGGCAGCCGGGGUCGGACCUGUACACACUGACUACUGCCCCCCCUCAGGUCGCUGCGUCAGCGUCUGCGUUAGCGUCAGGUGAGCUGUCCGCCCCUUGCUCGUGUCGCUCUCUAGCGCACGAGACUGUCCUCUGGCACCACCGACUGGGCCACCCGUCUGUGCAGCGCCUUCGUGCCAUGCACUCCCGGUACCUUGUCUUUGGUCUUCCCAGGGUCCUCCCUCCCCUCCCACCCUCGCCUGCUCCUCCCUGUCUUCCCUGUGUUGAGGGGCGGCAGCGCGCCGCUCCUCACUCCUCCUCGUUUCCCCCGACGACUGCUCCUUUGCAGACGCUCCACAUGGACGUGUGGGGCCCAGCCCGCGUCCGUGGUCAGGGUCAGGAGAGGUACUUCCUGAUCGUUGUUGACUACUCGCGCUACACCACGGUCUUCCCCUUGCACGCCAAGGGUGAGGUCCCUGAUGUUUUGAUCCCUUGGAUCCACAGAGCUCGUCUCCAGCUCAGCGAGCGUUUCCGCUCGGACUUUCCUGUCCUGCGCUUGCACUCUGACAGAGGUGGUGAGUUCUCCUCCGACCUCUUGGCAGCCUACUGUGCUGAGCACGGCAUUGAGCAGUCGUUCACGCUUCCGGCCUCUCCACAGCACAAUGGGGUUGCGGAGCGCCGCAUUGGCCUGGUCAUGGAGGUCGCUCGUACCUCCUUGAUCCAUGCGGCUGCCCCCCACUUUCUGUGGCCGUUUGCGGUCCGGUACGCUGCGCAUCAGCUCAACCUCUGGCCCCGUGUCUCCUUGCCGGAGACCUCGCCCACACUGCUGUGGACGGGGGAGGUUGGCAAUGCGUCGCGUUUCCGGGUCUGGGGAUCUCGAGCUUUUGUCCGCGAUUCGUCUGCGGACAAGCUCUCCUCUCGUGCUGUUCCCUGCGUCUUCCUCGGCUUUGUUCCGGACGCGCCUGGUUGGCAGUUUUACCACGCCACCUCGCGCCGGGUCUUGCCCUCUCAGGACGUCACUUUUGACGAGUCUGUCCCCUACUACCGCCUCUUCCCCUACCGCACUGCCCCGCUCCCACCCCCGCCUCUCUUCCUCGCGCAAGGUGCUGCUGUCGUAGACCCCCUCCCCCCUCAGGGUGCCGCUCCCUCAGGUGUGUCUCAGGUAGACCCGGUCGAGCCUGUUGAGGGGUACUGA